AUGAAUCGGCAAUCCCAAAGCUUGGCUUUUGACUCUCGACAGGACGUCGACGAGGAAAAGACGUUUGACCGGAGUCCCUCGGAGGUCGACCCCACAGACUCUGCUGACGCUGCCCUAAGUCACUGUGAAACACUAACAAAGGAGUUGGAGGAGCUUGAUGCUGAAGGUUAUCUUCUCCAACCUGAAACAUACUCUGAAGAUGAUUGCGUAAAGCUCACUAACUCAUUGAAUGCCAAAAUCCAACACAUCUCUGUUUCAGUUGUUCGAGCAUGCUGUGAAUCCACUGGAACAACAUGGCUGACUGCUCGUGGUGUAUCUUCUUCUUCCUCAAACAAAACCAACAAUUCUAGCAUCUCAAACGAAGACCUCCUGCAAAUCCAAACCAUUCGUUCAAUGAUAGGUGAACAAGCCUAUGAAUUCUUUCUGGGCUUACAAGAUAGUCAAAACUGUGGCGGCAGCGACUCGGAUCAGCUGCACUACAGGUAUAUUGUUCGUUGCGCUAUACAAGCAACUCUAGCAGCACUCUGUGAUGAGAUACUCAGCGCUUGGUCGUUCAACAAGGAGGAGAACAAUGUGCUCUCAAAUAUUUACAUUCUAUUGCACAAUCAAUUUGGUAAAGAGAACCCGGCUUUAACAGGGACUUGGAGAUCUCUCACUCGCAGUCAAACCAAAAUCGCUCGAUACCACGACCUUAAGACUACUGCCAUCCGCACCUUCAUUAGCGAAACUACAAAAGUCUUAGUCAUUUCCGGAGGUAUUUCCUGGAACUUGGACGACGGAGAAGGCAUUAUUCAAGACUAUUUCCAAGAUGAAUUCGCAGAUUUAUACAACUACUGUUUUCGCCUUGACCGACUCACCGGCGAGAGCAUCCACUCUUUUGAUCUAGAGUUCUAUCUACCCAAACCUGGGGAGUUGUAUGCAUGGGAAAGCAUGUAUAACAUGAAUUCUAACACGAAAUCUAGGAUUGCUUCUGUGGCUGACUCGAACGUUCCUUGCGCGGGCAUCGCUUUCUGUUGCCGCUUAGGAUUACUUCGAAUUGGAGUAAUUGAGCACGAAGCAGAUGAUACAUCCCCUGGGAGAUCCGAAGAAGAGAUCUUGCUCAAAGCCGGCGUGCAGCUUGCUACUCUCAUUUCGAAUUGCCGUGUUGACUCGACAGAAAUCUGCACUCAAGCAUCAAUCAACUGA